AUGUCCGACCAAAAGCGGGGGACCGACCAGGACCCCUCCAAGCCUCCCCGCAACCCACCCACCACCACUGACCCUCCAUCUCAGCCACAACCACCAUCCCAAUCUCAACAACAACAACAACAACAACAACAACAACAACAACCUCCCUCUCUAGCCAGUCGCAUUCAAUCCUCGGCCGCAGGUCUCGCCCGAAACGCCUUCUCCGGCGCCUCUUCCGCCGACGCGCACCUCCUCAGCGGCAGUUCCAUCACCAGCAAGCCCAGCAGCAGCGCCGCAUCAACGGCCGCCCUUUCCGCUGCGCACCAAUACACCCAAGAGACUUCCUCAUCCUCCUCCACCGCCGCCGCAAACAAUGCGACAACCACCCACCCAGGCGAGACCUUCCGACGAGUUCGCGCACGCGCCCAUCGACAUCAGCGACGCGAACCUUCCCCCAACAACCAAAGGGAAGGGCAAGCAGCCCGCGACGCAAUCACCAACCCCGUCUUCAGCGACAGCAACAGCGACAGAACCAACGCUACUAGAAUCCGACGGCGACGCCGUCGUAUCCCUCCUCACCUCGCCCACCUUCUCGCCCGAAUUCCCCAACGAGACCAGCGCUGA